AUGCGUUUUACCGCCGUUAUCGCUAUGGUUACUGCUCUCAGCACACUCGCGAUGGGUGUAGCCAUUGACGAGCGUGCGGUUUGCGGGUCCGAAUACCCUCCAGCUCAGUGUCAAAAAGGAACUCAAGCGUGCUGUGAUCUCUGCUGCAAGUGGGUGAACACCGGCGUUCCCUCUUACCAAAACAUGGGAUACGAGAAGAUAUGCAGGUGCUAG